AUGUCCGGUGUUAAACGAACUCGUACAGAUGAAAUUCCAUCAUCAUCUCAGCCACAAACAACAAUCAAUACAACAAUAUCACCAAAAGUUGAAAAAACAUCUUCUCUUACUUCAAAUAUUGAAGAAGAUUAUAAUUGUCCAAUCUGCUUUGAAUUAAUCAAUGAAGCAUUCGUCUCUCGAUGUGGACACAGUUUCUGUAGUAAAUGUCUUCAAAGAACAGUUGAAUCGCUUCAUCGAUGUCCAAAAUGUCAAUUAAGUCUUCAAUCAUCCGAUAUUUUUCCAAACUAUACACUAAAUGCAAUCAUUGAAAAAUAUCGUCAACAACGUCCAUUAACUUCAACAUUUAGCAAAUAUGGUAGUAUUGUUGAACAUAUUUCAGAUAUGGUAACAAAUGUUCAUACAUUCAAUACUGAAGAUCUCGAUCGUCUUAUUUCUGCUAUUCGUCAACAUAAAGAAAAACUUGAUUCCAAUAGUGAAUAUGUUCACAAUCGUUUACUUGAGAUAUUUCUAAUGCACGUUCAUCAUGAACGAAAUGGAGCAAUUGAAUCUUUAACAAAGGAAUUAAAUAUUGUUGAUCAAGAUUUAAAACAAAUGACUAAAAGACAAAAAUGUUCAUCUUCAUCAUUAAAUGUAAAUAUUUCAACGAAUUCAAAUUCUAAACAACUUAGUGAUGAUAAUCCAACAAUAUCGUCAGAUUCAACAAUAGAUACAAAAGAAGAAUCAUCGUCAACGUCAAACGACACAACAAUAAUUAAUGAUGCAGUACCUACUUGGGUACAAACAGGUGGACAAGAUCUCCAUGCAACACCUGAUAUGAAAUCCGAAAAACAACAAGUAGGAUCAACACCAUCGAUAUCCUCGGUAUCGAUUUCACCAGCAACUACAAAUUCAUCAGCCUUAACAAAAGCUGAAUGUCGUGGAUCGAGAAUCGCUACUAGUGGAGCUGUUGUACCAGAAGAAACGAAUUCAAAUGGAUUAAUAACUAAUGAUGAUAUUGAAAAUCGAACCAAAAUAAUGAUGCGUUUUAUGGAUGAUUUAACAAAUAUUUAUUUUUCAACAAGAAAUUCAUUAAGAUUAACUGUUCAAAAUGAUGGAUCAUGUAAUGGUGACAGUGGAUUAAGUAUGUUUCGAGAUAAUUUAGCUGCUGUUACAAAAUAUUCACGAUGUAAACCCAUUGCAACUGUUAAUUUUGUUGGAGAAAAUUUUGCUCAAGCUAGUAUUGUAUCAAGUAUUGAAUUCGAUCGAGAUUAUGAACAUUUUGCUGUUGCUGGUGUUUCAAAAAAGAUCAAACUAUAUGAAUAUCAAUCAAUAUUAGAUAAUACAGUUGAUUUACAUUAUCCUGUAAAAGAAGUUUUAUGUACAGCUAAAUUAAGUUGUAUUAGUUGGAAUCCAUAUCUAAGAAACUAUUUAGCAUCAAGUGAUUAUGAUGGAUUUGUUUCUAUCUGGGAUAUGGCAACAGCACAAAAAGUUCGAACUUUUCAAGAACAUGAAAAGCGUUCAUGGAGUGUUGAUUUUUGUUCAUCUGAUCCAAAAUUACUUGCUUCUUGUUCUGAUGAUUGUAAAGUUAAAAUUUGGUCAAUGCAUAAUGAUUAUUCUGUAACAACCAUCGAUGCAAAAUCCAAUGUUUGCUGUGUUAAAUUUAAGCCUGAUUCUCAAUACAAUAUUGUUUUUGGCACAGCUGAUCAUAAUUUAUAUUAUUUCGAUCUACGUAAUCCACGUGAACCUUGUCAUUUAUUAAGAGGUCAUAAAAAAGCUGUGUCGUAUGCUCGAUUUCUAUCAAACAAUGAAAUUGUCUCAGCAUCAACAGAUAGCCAACUUCGCUUAUGGCGUGUCACAGAAGGACAAUGUUUAAGAACAUAUCGUGGACAUGUUAAUGAAAAGAAUUUUGUUGGUUUAGCUGUGUCAAAUGGUUAUAUUGCCUGUGGAAGUGAAAGCAAUACAGUACAUUUAUAUCAACGUGAAAUAUCUCGACCAUUAAUUAGUUAUAAAUUUGAUGAUACGAACAAUGGACCUGCCAAAACAGCAACAGUUAAUGCUGAUCGAGCAAAAAAGGAAGAAACUGGAACAGAAUUCGUUAGCGCUAUGUGUUGGAGUAAUCGUGAAAAUAUUUUAUUAGCAGCAAAUAGUCAAGGUGUUGUUAAAGUCUUGGAAUUGGUCUAA